UUUGUAACUUAAGUUGCAUCUUAUAGCAGUGGUUUCACGGACACAAAAAAGAAAAUUAAUGGGGUGGAAGUAAAUUGCGCAAUCCACAAAAAAAGAAAAAAAAUGAAAGCGGACACGGAUCCCCUCAGCUCUGAAUAAAACCAGGAAAAAAGUUACUAAAGCCGCACACUAUCUAGCCCAUUUUAGAAAGGUCGAGAGCGACGACGUGAUUCUUCCCACACGCCUGAAAGUAACAGGCCGCCGUGCGGAGGGGCUGUGGCCACGUUGUUAUUUUUCCUGAACUUGUUGUUCGCUUCCGGGGCACCAGCUCAUCUCAAGCGAGCCCCUCACGCUUCCGCCUCCUUAAAUAGCCUCGUUCCUCCUCGUGAGUUUCCAGGGAACCUGCAUGCACGAGCACAGCCACAGCUACUGCUAUAUCCUUGCACACGUGCAGAUAGAGAUUGCUACGUGCAUACUCAUUGGGUGUAGUAGAUCAUAUCGGAGCUGCUGCCCUAGCACUGAAUGUCUGAGCACGGCGAGCCGCCCUCGCCGCGGUCGUCGGGGAAGCACCCCUUCUACCGGGGCAUCCGGAGCCGGAGCAGCAAGUGGGUUUCGGAAAUCCGGGAGCCGAGGAAGGCGCGCCGCAUCUGGCUCGGCACGUUCCCGACGGCCGAGAUGGCCGCCGUGGCGUACGACGUGGCCGCCCGCGCGCUGCGCGGGCCCGACGCGGCGCUCAACUUCCCCGACCUAGCCGCCUCGCGCCCCGCGCCCGCGUCCACCUCCGCGGACGACAUCCGCGCCGCCGCCGCGGAGGCCGCCGCGGCACUGCAGCAGCUGCCUCGUGGCGCUGCCGGACGCGGCAUUGCUCCCGCGGCCGCUGGAACAGCGCGGCAGCAGCUCGGCGGGAGCAGCGCGGCGGCGCAGCAGGAAGGCAGCAGCGCGGCGAGCCCAUACUUCAUGGACGAGGAGGCGCUCUUCGAGACGCCGCAGUUCCUUCGCAACAUGGCUGCCGGGAUGAUGAUGAGCCCCCCCAGGCUCAGCCCCAACUCGUCCGACCACUCGCCGGACCCGUCGGAGGCCGGGGAGAGCCUCUGGAGCUACCGUGAUCCGUAGAGAUUCCGGUAAUGGCGAUGACAAUAAUAAUGAUGAAUAAUAAGCUCUACCACUACUAUUGCUGCAGUAUUCCUGCAGAACUUGGAAGCUGGCUGGAAUGAUAUGGGAGAGACAAGGAGGUACACAUACAGGUGCCCGCCCGUGGAGGGAAGGACGAUCUCCUUUUUAUAUUAAUUGUCGCUUGGUCAGUGCAUAUGAAACUGCAAAGGGGAUAUAUAUAUAUAUACACUUGAAAUGCCAAAUAGAUGCCAUACCGGUGUUGUAUAAGUGGAUGUAGUUGUGUAAGAUCGUAUUGGGCAAAUUAAUCGGUAUUGUGGCGGUGGAUCAGCUAUAAGAUGUGCGCGCAGCACAUGGCUGCACCUUGCCCUUUUAUAAACACUCUCUGCUUUGACUAUUCGC